AUGACACCUUGUGAGACCAUAAUCAAAACUGCGAUUGAGGAGAAAGCAGAUUUCGUUGGUUGUUCUGGACUGAUUACUCCUUCACUGGAUGAGAUGGUCCAUGUUGCAAAAGAAAUGCAACGAAAUGGGCUCAAAAUUCCACUGCUUAUUGGAGGUGCAACUACGUCUAAAACCCACACAGCCGUAAAAAUUGCUCCGCGCUAUAGUGGUCCAGUUAUACACUGCCUAGAUGCCAGCAAAUCCGUUGUUGUGUGUUCUGCACUUACGGACAAGACAACAAGGGAAGCAUUCCUCGCUGACAUCAGUGAGGAGUAUGAGGAAGUGCGACAAGAACACUACGAAACGCUAAAGGAUAGGCGGUUUACACCCAUUGAUGUUGCUCGAUCUAAGGCACUG